AGACUUCUGAGACGUGACACAUGGAAGACCUGUGUUCGCCUCUCGCUGGGAGCGCGUGAAAGUUUCCGCGCGGAGGAGUUGCAGCUUUUACCGCCUUCGAGCGAACCUUCGAAACCGCCGAGAGGAAUUCUGCCAAGCUGCGCGGAGUACUACUGCGCAGGCGUUCGGGUGUUGUGAUGUCCACGAACCCCCGCAGACUCAAACACCCCCACUGCAAGAGGAAGCACUACCCCAGCAGUACCUACAUCACCCACGUCUGACGGCACCACCCGCGGAGCCCACACCGAAACACUGGAGCGGAGCGGGGCAGUCGAACAGAAGCCAUGUCCGAAACGGGGGAGGGGUGUGAAGGUGGGGGGGUAACGGGCGCGGGGCAGGACUCCGAGGCGGACGGGGAGCCGCCCCAACCGGCGGUGAGUGGGGAGGAGGGGGCUCCGCCGUCCCCCAAACGGCCACGGAGGAGCGAGGAGGAGGAGGAGGAGGAUCGGGCCGAUGACAUGCCCCGCCCCUCGGAGCACGAAGGAGCAGAGGAGGAGCAGGAUGGAGAGCAGGAGCAGAGACGGGAAGGAUGUCACCAGAAUGGAGAUCCUCCGGAGGAGUCAGCUCUGCAGGAGGAGGAGGAGGAGUGCAGGAGUGACAGCCCUACUGUGGAACAACACCUCGGCUUGGAUUUUACCCACGAUCCCCAGAUGCUGACCGGCUCCUGGACGGAGUUCUCCAAGUUCCCGGAGAAUUACCUCAAAGGGUGCAAAUGGGCCCCCGACGGCUCCUGCGUCCUGACCAACAGCGCGGACAACGUGCUCCGCCUGUACAACCUCCCGCCGGAGAUCUACAGCUACAGCUGGGGGGCGCUCUCUGAGAUGAGUCCGGUUCUGAGGAUGGCUGAAGGAGACACCAUCUACGACUACUGCUGGUACCCCAACAUGAACUCUCUGGAGCCGGACACGUGUUUUCUGGCCAGCAGCAGCCGGGACAACCCGGUCCACGUGUGGGACGCCUUCUACGGCGACGUGCGCGCCACUUUCCGGCCCUACAACCACCUGGACGAGCUGACGGCGGCGCACUCGCUCUGCUUCUCGCCGGACGGGACGCAGCUGUACUGCGGCUUCGAGAAAACGGUGCGGGUGUUCCACACCGAGCGGCCCGGACGAGACUGCGAGGAGCGCCCGACCAUGGUGAAGAGGCGGGGCCAGAGCGGCAUCAUCUCCUGCUUCGCCUUCAGUCCGUGCCAGUCGGUGUACGCCUGCGGCUCGUACUCGCGCUGCGCCGGCCUCUACUCCUGCCAGGACGGCGCCCUGCUGGCUCUGCUGCCCACCCUGCACCACGGGGGCAUCACCCACCUGCUCUUCUCCCCCGACGGCAACUACCUGUACACCGGGGGGCGCAAGGAUCCAGAGAUCCUCUGCUGGGAUCUGAGAGAACCUGGGAAGGUGGUGUUUUCUCUGAAGAGGAACGUGACCACAAACCAGCGCAUCUACUUUGACCUGGACCCGUCGGGCAAGUAUCUGCUGAGCGGAGACACCGAGGGAGGGCUGUCAGUGUGGGACACUCAGACGGCACCCCCCGAUGGCGAGGAGGGACUCCUGCAGCCUCAGCUCAGGUUCCAAGCUCACUGGGACUGCACCAACGGGAUCAGCUUGCACCCCUUCAUGCCUCUCCUGGCGACGUCCAGCGGGCAGCGCCAGUUCCCGUGGCCUGAGGACAGCGAGGGCGAGUCUGCCUCCGACACCGAGGGAGGGGCGGCUGCCAUCUCCCAACAGGAGGUGCGGCAGGACAACGCCCUGACUCUGUGGUGGGCCGGACCGGUCGGCGCUCCCGCCGAAGAGAGCCGGGAGGAGCCGGCUCCGACAAACUGACGAUUUCACCAAAUUCAUUCCUAACAAAAACAUCUUUUACUUCAAGUUUACAAUUUGAAUCCCUUAAAUUUUUUUUUGUCUUUGACUAAAUGUGAUUCUACGGAGCCCCUAAAGUGAUAUCGGAAAAAAAAUUUAUAGGAAAAAAAAAUUCUGGCUACUGUCUGGCGCCCACCAGAUAGUACCCAAAUUUUCAUUUUUGUUUUUUUUUUUUUGAGAGAGAAAAAAAGAGCAACUAGCACUCACCAGAUAACGACUGGCGCUCACCAGAUAGAGACUGGCGCUCACCAGAUAGAGACUGGCGCCCACCAGAUAACGAGUGGCGCCAACCAGAUAACGAGUGGCGCCCACCAGAUAACGAGUGGCGCCCACCAGAUAACGAGUGGCGCCUACCAGAUAACGACUGGCACCCAGGAGAUAGCGACUUGCGCCCAGGAGAUAACGACUGGCGCUUACCAGAUAGCGACUGGCACCCAGGAGAUAGCGACUUGCGCCCAGGAGAUAACGACUGGCGCUUACCAGAUAGCGACUGGCGCCCACCAGAUAGCGACUGGCGCUUACCAGAUAACGACUGACGCCCAGCAGAUGGCGACUGGCGCCCACCAGAUAGCGACUGGGCCCACCAAAUGGCGACUGGCGCCCACCAGAUGGCGACUGGCGCUCACCAGAUAGCGACUGGCGCUCACCAGAUAGCAGUUUCUUUUUUAUUAUUUUCCAAAAAAAGCAGAUACCAGCUGGUGCUCACCAGAUAGUAACCAGAAUCCUUUUUUUUUUCAAUUUUGCAAAAAAACAGCAACUGGUGGUCACCAAAGAGUAACCAGAUUUUUUUUCUCUGUUUUACAUGAACUUUGUAUAUUUCCUCCGAUGUCCCUUUAGGGGAUCUUUAUGAUUGUUAUCAAGUUUAUGAUCUUUUAAUGGUUCAAAAGUGCGAAAAGAGUCGUAGCGAUGCGUUUGCCACACAAACCUUUGUGCCAUUUAGUUUUCAAGCUUUGCUUUUGUAAAGUUUUUAAAGUGUCGGACGCUCCGUCCAUCUGUGCCUACAGACGUAUAUUUUUGUAAAGUCGUGAUCAUUCUUGAAUGUACUCGCAGUGAGAAACCCGCUUAAGCCGCAGCACAAACCUACAACAGAGAGCAAAGUAAAUGUUUUGGGGGUUUUGUUUUCCCCAAACGAGGACGUUGCGUCCAGCGUUGCUUGGUAACCGUGUUUUCUUUUGUCGCACACGGCGGGGCGUUUGCUGCCGGUUUGGCAGAAACUCGUCACGCUCCAGCGCUAGCCUUGUAUCCUCUGGAGUUUCUUUCAAGCCCUCUACAGUUUCAUGUUCCUGACUCACAAAAACUAAUGAAAAACACGUCGACUCCGCCGCCAGGCACGUGGAACCGCGACCGGGUCUGUGACUCCAACAGGUGGAGAGGAUUAAAGUCGGAUCUUCUUUCUGU